AUGUUCGUACUAUACGGACAGAUUGCGUGGCAUGCUAACUGUAUAUUCCGUACCUGUUUACCCGCGGGCCAGUGGCCGCCUGCCACGUGGCGGACGCGGGUUCCUCCGGUUUGUCCGCGUGGCAGGGGUGGCGCAGUCGGAGAGAAAGACCCGGCCCGGGAGUUGUUGGUGGAGGGGCGCGAUGCUGUUUACGGAGCCCGGGAGAGACCUGCAGGGAGGCAUCGGAGCCGAGCGGCUGCGGUGACAGAAGCCGGAGUGGCGUGGUGGCGACGUAGGACGAGGCGGAGUCCGGCGAGGUCGUGGGGCGCUGCCAGGAUGAACAGUCGGGCGUCGGCGGGAAUGCGGGCACGGUCGCCCGGGUACGAUAGUGCAGGGACAGAGUACGACCAUGGCCGCUGGCGGGGAACCCACGGAGAAGACAUCCAAAACAAAGCCGGCUUCACCAUUGAAGUCCUCGCAAUUCUCUGCAACGUAAAGUCUGGUUGUCCUAUAAAUACACGCUUUCUAACUACUAGUCCUCACACCCAAACAUUCAGAAUUCCUCCUUUCAGUAGUAUUAUUGAGAAAGAGAUGGAAUUUAAUGGAGCCUGUUUGAUGGCAGUUUUAGUGGUAUUCAGUAGCGUUGGCAUAAUCUACGCAUCUGAUCCUGAUAUUCUCACCGAUUUCGUUGUUCCGACUGGGCAGAACGCACUUAAUUUGACUGGCAAUUUCUUCACUUUCACUGGAUUCCGAGAUGUGGGAAACAACAAUUUAACGGGCCAGACAGCAGUAAAAGUGACGAAGGCAGUGGCGGCAGAGUUUCCGGCGCUGAAUGGGUCUGCCGUGUCAAUGGCUGUGCUACAGUUCCCAGCGGGCGGACUGAACCCUCCUCACACUCACCCCCGCGCUUCUGAACUUCUGUAUCUUGUGGACGGAACUCUCCUUGUUGGAGUUGUGGACACCACGGGAAAGCUCUUCACACAGACCCUCAUUUCAGGGGAUUUAUUUGUGUUUCCGAAAGGACUGCUCCAUUACCAACUGAACACAGAUGCUGCCUUCGAGGCCUUGGCUGUUUCUGCCUUUGGGAGCGCCAAUGCAGGCACCGUGUCAGUCCCUUCUACUCUCUUCACAACCGGUAUCCCCGACGAUGUUCUGGCCAAAUCUUUCAAGACAAGCACACAAACUAUCGAGCUGCUCAAGGGUGGCCUUAAAAAUCCCUGA